UGAAAAGUCCGCGGACGCACGACAGACAACCUCGCGAGUGGAAACUGCUCCUGUUCUGCGUCUUGUCCCAGUUCUGGUUCGAGACUCUUCCGCGGGACUGGACCCGGAGGAGCUGGACGGUCCGGAUCCGACUAUUUCGCCUCAGUCUGCGAGUUUGAUUUUCGUCGUUUUCCUCGGAGGAUAAAACUUCCACUUGGGAGUGGAACCGAUGACGGCAGAGGUCCAGCAGCCCCCGGUGCAGACUCCUGCCCAGAGCAGCAUGUCCGCCCCGGACAAGCCUCACGGACAGACGUCGGUGGUCGAAUCCGCCUCCUCCACCACGAAGACCAAGAAGACAAACGCGGGGAUCCGCCGCCCGGAGAAGCCUCCCUACUCGUACAUCGCCCUGAUCGUCAUGGCGAUCCAGAGCUCUCCCACCAAGCGGCUAACCCUCAGCGAGAUCUACCAGUUCCUACAGAGCCGCUUCCCCUUCUUCCGGGGCUCCUACCAGGGCUGGAAGAACUCGGUGCGCCACAACUUGUCCCUCAACGAGUGCUUCAUCAAGCUGCCCAAGGGUCUGGGCAGGCCCGGCAAGGGCCACUACUGGACCAUCGACCCGGCCAGCGAGUUCAUGUUCGAGGAGGGCUCGUUCAGGAGGAGACCCCGGGGCUUCAGGCGCAAGUGCCAGGCGCUGAAGCCCAUGUACAGCAUGAUGGGCUUCAACCACAUCGCAGACUCCUACAACUUCCAGGGCAGCGGCGGGGGGCUCUCCUGCCCCCCCAACAGCCUGGCAGCGCUGGACACCGGCAUCGGGAUGAUGAACGGGCACCUGGCGGGCAACAUGGAGUCGAUGGCGCUGUCCGGACACUCCAUGACGCACUUGACGUCCGGCAACGGGGGUCAUUCCUACAUGGGCAGCUGCGCGGGCUCCGCCGGGCCCGAGUAUCCGCACCACGACAACUCCGCCUCUCCGCUGCUGACCAGCGGGGGGGUGAUGGAGCCUCACCCGGUCUACUCCAGCUCGGCCCCGGCCUGGGCCCCCGGACCGCCGGCUCCCCUCAACAACGGGGCCUCGUAUAUCAAGCAGCAGCCUCUGUCUCCGUGUAACCCGGGAGGAAACUCGCUGCAGCCCAGUCUACCCACCCACUCACUGGACCAACAGUACCUGCACCAGAACUCCCACAGCACAGACUUGCAAGGUAUUCCUCGGUACCACUCCCAGUCUCCCAGCAUGUGCGACCGGAAGGAGUUCGUCUUCUCCUUCAACGCCAUGACGUCAUCGGCGAUGCACUCGCCCAGCAGCGGCUCCUACUACCACCACCAGCAGGUCUCCUACCAGGACAUCAAGCCGUGCGUCAUGUGAUGGACGCGCACAGACUGGACUCAGCAGGAGCGCUCCGAGCCGGACUACAGAACAAGGACGGCCUCCCCCCCGACACCAAUAAUAAUAAUAAUCAUCAUCAUAGUCUAAAGCAACUUGUGUCACGCGGUCCAGAGGCAGCAGGAGACUGUGAGCUGCUCGGUACUGACCCGCUGAGGAUCACCCCUAUUGUACAAAUGCACACACCCUCCACCUUCUUCAGACUGACUCCCCCUUUCUCCUCUACAACGUGUUUUACUCGUGGACGUCAACACUCUCCUGUCCAUAUACUGUAUAAAAUGAUUAAGGCACUUUUUUUUUUUUAAAUAGCCUAUAAGCGCAACAUGUUUUCCUUAUUUAUUCUGAAGGCCUGCGUAUUUUCUAAUUCAGGCGAAUUGGCCAAGAGGUUUAUGCUUUAUUGGCAAUAUUUGUCAGACCGCUUGUUAUUUGUUUUAAAAUGAAAUCAAGGGUAUAUUUGUAAGCACUAUUGGUGUUAGAUUUCCAGCAGCACUGUAUACUUGUAUAUCGGUAGGAAUGUUAGUGAGGAUUCAUGUGGGGCCGUUUUGUAAGAAAUAAAAUCUAUAUCUCGUGGGCAGUUGGUGCCUCACAUCCCCACAGAUCGUCACUGUUUUUUUCUCAAGCACCAGCAACUGAUGAGCGACAUGCGGAGUACAAACACCUGGGUUUUCGUUACUAUAGAGAGAAUUAAAACACAACAGUUAAUACUGGAAACUAUUACAAAGGCAGAUGGAAUUUGGCUGAAGGAUUGUUGCUAUGAAAAUCCUCAGCUCAGUCACCGGCAGGCAAAACAAAUGAUUCAGAAUUGCCAUCAAUAAUUCAAACAUAUGAUAGAAUCCCAUACUAUUAGUAGCACUACACCUUCUGGCUAUAGUACUGAAUGUUUUUAUAUGCGGCUAUAUUUGCAAACAGCUUUCCAGCUUCUCCUUGCCCUGACAAAACAUAAAAAACCUACUUCUUCUCUGUACACUCAUACUAACACCAGUACUACUUAAACUGCAGCGGCAGUUCAGUUGUACUGUGGUACUGAUAUGGACAACAUGUAGAUUUCUACAGCAUCUCUGCCUACUCAUAUAUACCAACACAACUGUCAGUAUAUUACCAGUACUACUUCUUCUACUACCAAAACAACAGCUAGAAUUUCUUCUAAAUAAGUACUUCGUCAUGGAAAUAAACUACUUCAAAAACAUUACUAGUCCUUCUGAUCUGAAUUGUCCAACUACUGCUAUA